AUGGCGAAGCAAGCGGUCUCGUCGUCGUCGCGCGCCCCCGACUUGAUCAGCGGCCUGAACGACGACCUGCUCCUCCACGUUCUCCGCUUUCUGCCCGCGGGGAGUGACUGCGGCGACCUGGUCCGCACGUCCGCGCUCUCCAGGCGCUGGCGCCACCUCUGGAAGUGCGUCCCGGCGCUCCGCUUCGCGGCGGGGGUGGACGUCGCGCCGCGGGACGGCAUGCGGUUCAACGCCAUCGUCGGCGCGGUCCUCGCCCGGCGCGUCGGCGGCGGCGCCCGCCUCGACGCGUGGCUCCGGCUCGCCUUGGCGCACGUCGCGGGGUCCUUGGCGCCGCCCCCGGGUCCGGCGGGUCCGCAGCAGCUCCUCGGCGAGCUGCAUCGCCGCGCGAGCGCCGCGGCGAUAAGGCUCAGCCUGGGCCACGCCAUGCUCCAGCUCCCCCUCCCCGCCGCGGCGGCGUUCCGCGAGCUGACGGAGCUGUCGCUCUCCAACGUCGCGUUCGCGCGCGGCCAGGGCGGCCGGCUCGGCGGGUUGCUGUCGUCACCGUGCUGCCCGCGGCUGGGGAGGCUCUCCCUGGAGGUCCUGUCCGGGCUGCCGGAGCUGCGCCUGGAGGCCGACGCGCUCGAGUCUCUCGAGCUGGCGUUCCUCCUCGACCUGAGGCGGCUCCACGUGGACGCCAGCAGGCUCCGGGAGACCGCGCGGGCCGGCUCGCUGGCGACCAUCCGGGCGCCGGCGCUGGAGGAGCUGGCGUGCCCCCGCACGCGCGGCACGGAGCUUGUCGAGCUCGAUGGGUGCACGAGCGUGCGGCUCCGCGGCAAGGUUUGCGUCAGGUCGCACCUGCGCCCCUGGUGCGACGCCGGCGAGAACGACUUCGCCGUCGAGCUGCUGCGGAGCUGCAGCUCCGCUCACCGCCUCCACGUCUGCCUCGAGACCCCACCGGUAUGCUCCAAUGCUCCGCCGCUCCCGCCAUUGAUAUCAUUGAAGCAUCGCGCCAUUAACUUAAUCCUUGAUGAUGUCAGAGAGACUGGCUGA